AUGAAGGCAAGCCUGAAUUUGAUUUCAUUAACCUCGAUGAUCCCCUUGGUGGUGAUGAUCCAGAUAACAUCAGGCGAGAGCUUGAUCAACUCCACCUGCCUAGAUUCAGCACGUGACGAUCCAAACAUCGACUACGCCUUCUGCACAAGCUCCCUGCAGGCAGCCCCCGGCAGCCACUGCGCCACCCUGCAGGGGCUCGGAAUCAUCUCCAUCACCCUCCUUCAAUCCAACAUAACCGACACACGAUGUUCCAUCAAACACCUCAUCAGAAACAGUACAUCGGAGGAGCCAUACCUGAGGCGGUGCUUGAGCGACUGCUUGGAGCUUUUCUCCGAUGCCAUCCCUUCUGCAAUAGAGGCCAUGAGAGACUUCACACUGAAGAGGUUCGAAGACGCCAAUGUGAAGAUAAGUUCCAUCAUGGAUGCUGCCACCACCUGUGAGGAUGGCUUCAAGGAGAGCAGAGGUCUAGUUUCUCCUCUCACCAUCAGAAACCAUCACACUUUCGAGCUCUCCGCCAUCGCCUUGUCUCUUAUGCAUAUCAUUCAGACAAGAACAGGCUGAUGAUACAGAUCAUGAAUUUUUCAUACUCAAAUGUACAUUAUUCACUAAGCUCAAUAAAACUGGGAAGUUAGUUCUA